AUGAAGUUCGCGAUCGUCGCCAUUGCCUUGGUAUUUGGUGUUCAAGCCUUGGUACUACCACAAGAUAUCGUUGAGAGGGAGACAGGAAUCACCAGUAUGUAUCCUACCCACAUUAAUUCCAAACAACAGUCUCCCCACAAAAAUACUCUUCCCGUUAACCCGGUUAAGCAACCACUAAUGGCCCCACAGAAAACCCUGAUGGAUCCACCACUGUUGGAGAUAAAAACACUGGAAUCACCACUAAUCCAAACGGUCAGACGAGUGUAGGUGGCAAAAAUGGCAUCAAUAUUGGUGGCAAGGCAGAGACGGGCAAAAAGGGCAACGGAACUGAAAGUGUUGCGCCAAAAAAAGAAGGUAAGCCGGAAGUAGAAUCCAAGCUCACUAUCGAUGGAAAAAAACCUAAGGAGAACGAGGAGGCAAUUGAGGAGUUUCUGAAAGCAACUGGUGGAACUAAAAAGGAAGAGAAAGAAGAAAAGCUCGCUAAAGAGAAACCAGGAGAAGGGGCACCCGCGAAAGAGGGCGAAAAAGCUCCAACUGAAGGUAAAUCAGUCUCUCGUUCCUGUUCAAGAGAUUAAAACUGACAAUGAUACCUUAUCAGGGGGCGCUCGAGAAGGAAAUACAACAAGACCCGCUGAAGGCGGUGGAUCACAGGGACUCAUUGAUUUGAUCAGUACGUGCAAACUUCGUCCAAGACCCAAUGUAAUGUGUGUGAGUACAAGCCAACUGAGAAUAAUCAGACGCUCUCCAAGGCGCAAGCGGCGGUAACAAGCCCAAGAAUGGCACUGGAACUGAGGGUGGAAAACCAGUGGCAGAGCCCAAAAAAGAGGGUGAAAAACCGGCAGGAGAGCCGAAGCCAGCAGGAGAACCGAAACCUGAGGGUGCAAGACCUGAGGGUGCUAAGCCUGAGCCUGCGGGAGAAGCAAAGCCAACAGGGACAGUGAAGCCCGAGGGGGGCAAGCCAGCAGGAGAGCCUAAAAAAGAGGGUGAGAAGCCUGAGGGGGCCAAGCCAGAACCUGCUGGAGAAGCGAAACCAACAAGCACAGCAAAGCCUGAGGGUGGAAAACCAGCGGCAGAGGAGCCAAAGAAAGAGGGUGAGAAGCCCGAGGGGACCAAGCCAGAGCCUGCGGGAGAAGCAAAGCCAACAAGCACACCAAAGCCAGAGGGUGGAAAACCAGCAGGAGAGGAGCCAAAGAAAGAGGGUGAGAAGCCAGCAGGAGAGCCCAAAAAAGAGGGUGAGAAGCCUGAGGGGACCAAGCCAGAGCCUGCAGGAGAAGCAAAGCCAACAAGCACACCAAAGCCAGAGGGUGGAAAACCAGCAGGAGAGGAGCCAAAGAAAGAGGGUAAGAAGCCAGCAGGAGAGCCCAAAAAAGAGGGUGAGAAGCCUGAGGGGACCAAGCCAGAGCCUGCGGGAGAAGCAAAGCCAACAAGCACACCAAAGCCAGAGACUGGAAAGCCAGCAGGAGAGGAGACAAAAAAAGAGAGUGAGAAACUAGCAGGCGAAUCGAAGCAUGAAGCAGAGGGUGAAAAGCCAGCUGGAGCUGGAGUGGAACUAAAGAAAGAGGGCGAGCAACCAGCAAGCGAAAGCACAGGUGAACCUCAACCAUCCGGAGGCGUAGCAGGAGAAAUUCCUGAAGCCUCCGAGGAAGGUGGAGAAGCCCCAAGAUCUGAAGGUAAGUAGUCCAAUCUCGUCAACUGCAUAUCACAAACUAAUAUUUCAUAGGCGGGAAAGGUGGAACUGAACCAGCUAAGAAUGAACCCAGUGGCGAGAAGCCUGCCCCAAAACCAGAGGGAGCGAAGAAUGGAACCGAGCCGGCUAAGGAAGUGAAGGGUGAGCCGAAUGGUGAGAAACCUGCACCAGCAACGGAGGGUGGUAAGAAUGGAACUCAGCCGGCUAAGGGCGAACCUAAGGGUGAACCUAAGGGUGAACCUAAGAGCGAACCUAAGGGCGAACCUAAGGGUGAACCUAAGAGCGAACCUAAGGGCGAACCUAAGGGCGAACCUAAGGGCGAACCUGAGGGCAAACCUAAGGGCGAACCUAAGGGCGAACCUGAGGGCAAACCUAAGGGCGAGAAGCCUGCUCCAAAACCGGAGGAAGCUAAGAAUGGAACAGCACCAGCGCCAGCGAUUGAUCCUGCGAUUGCUGAGGAGGCUGCGAGACUUAACGAAGAAGGAAGGAAGUUAGCGGAGGAAGGAAGGAAGUUGGGAGAGGAGGGGAGGAAGUUAGGGGAGGCGGCGAGGGGAAACGCGAAUGCAACGACACCUGCAAAUCGUCCUGCUGGUUCGGCGGCACCUAAGUUACGAUGA